UGCUACUUCCAAGCGCCUGCUACGCAGGCUAGUUUAAUGCACGUCACUAUUUUUAAGACUUUAGAUUAAUGGUAAAUGAUUACCUUUACACAAUUUCUGACAGAUAAUCUGUGAUGAAAUUGGUAGAGUAUCUUUUCCGUUCGUUGUACCGAUCAAUUCGAGGUCGUCUCACGUUUCCUCGCAAAAUUAAAUACCGCGCUACCGUGAGAAAAAUUGGUAAAUACCGAAAUAACCGCUGACCCCUACACCCGCUGACCCGUAACGUCCGUUGGAAUGUAUGUAACGAAAUACAAGCAGCCCACAUUCAGAGUACUUGGAGACUAGCUGAGGCUGAAUUCAUCAUUAUUAAUAGGAAAAACAUAAAACUGUUUCACCUCACGAUUUCUGGUGAUAGAAAGACUGUUUUUUUUUUAAACUUAUAUUUCACGUAUUUGUUUGGAUCCCGCUGCAGUUCGGACAAAUGAACGCUGUCACGCGACAACAUUUCCAAGAUUCAACUCUCCUUAGCCGGAUGGUAAUUUCGAGUUAUUCUCUUUUUCUGCGAAUCUUUCAUUUUCCUUUCUCUUUUAAUUCUAUAUACUUCUAUUUAGGAUGGUUUUGAGCGCAUAGCAAGGCUUAAAGUGGCGUUUACCACGCUAUCCUUGGCCAUAUUGGCAACAGAGAAGUGUUUCGCCGAAGUGGCAACUUAACGGUAAAUACGGUAACUUUGAACGGUUUUUACAACGUUAGUAUACUUUGGCCGAAAAAUGUUUUUCCGAAAACGUGAUGUAUAUCCCUUCAAUGUCUGAUUCAUCACUGUGAUUGCUUUCAGCAGCGUUGGACUUUUGAGAAAUUAUUAUUUUAAAAUCAACUCUAACGCUCCAUCUAAUUAUUUUAAUAUGCAAUAUUUGAAAAUUUUUUUUUUAUUCCCUUCGGCAGUUUUUCGAUGUGUAUCGAAUGAUAUUGCAUUAAAAGGCCUUUUUCUUCAUCACUGUGUGGUUUUCUCGUUGUUUUGCGUCGCGAUAGUGAUUUCUGAACCGUUUUUUGUGAGAGCUUAUUUUAGGCCUGAUUUUGCUGUUACAAGACGGAAAAAGUUUGCGGCUCGAUAUUUUUGGUUUAAAGCGAAACUGAAACCAAAGAAAUCCAUUUUUGAAUAGUAUUCGGUAACCUCUACUCGGGAGAUAAAAAUUGGGCGAUUUUAUUUUUUAGCCGGAAAUCAUCGGUCGUUUCUUAGGCGCAGGGCCUCUGAAUUACUGUACGGAAAUGAGAAUGAAGUGCACGCAUUAGUGAGGUUGGCUUUCUACGAGAAUCUCUUGAUUAAUGGGCAAGAAUCAUGUGUCUGUUGUCCGCAUGAACGAGUGUCUACAUUACAUUUAAGACGCCCAAUCAGGGCUUCAGGAGGGUUACGUACGUCCCUAGUCUAAAUUUCAAAACCAGCAGUUGUUUUGCGUUUUGAGGAGGAAGCCAUAUCGCUGUCACAGUUUCAACCCAUCGGGUUUGGGUCGUUUGUCACCAUUUCUGUUCCAAUGUCGCUGUUUCAAGGCCAUGUCGCUUGUCAGAAUUUACCCUAACUAGCUGGGCUCCUGCCCUAACAGGACCUCAUUUCAGUGUGUAUGAAUGUAAAGGAAAUGUAAGGGCCUUCCCCAGGGACAAAGAAAACUGACCGUAUCAUAGUGACGUCAAAUUACUUCAUUGUGUCAUUCAAGUUAGACCUAGAUGUUGGAAAUGUUGAGUACAUCGUGUCAUUCUUUGUAAUUUUGUUGGCCGUAUCAUGAACAGUUUUAUAGUUCAUGUUCGGCUGUUAUCUGUAGAAAACGAAGCGCUUUUAAAAUUAAAUAAAUUUUAAUUGUCUUUAAAAACGUGCCUGAAAUAUCAUGGGGAUAGCUUCGGCUGAUGUAGAAAGAAGGACUUGAUUAGUAUGUACCGAAGCGCUCUCUUUUGUAAACACUUUGGUCUUCUUAAAAAAAUAAGCGAAUAAUUUUGAAACCGCUGGAUGGAUUUUCUUUUAAUUUCAAAUUCUCGAGAUUAACCGUCUUUUCAGGUAUUACCGUUAAUUGUCAAGAUUAUUGAUAUCUUGUAAGGCAGUAAAAUACGAAGGGCUGCGGCGACCUAAAAGGUUUGACAAAAGGAGGCUCUGAUCGCCGCGUGGAGUCCUCAUGUUACCAGAGAUGAUUUUCUUGUUACCAUGGAAAGUCUUUUCUAAAUUUAGGUGGCCUUUCUUUUGUCUCUGGUACAGUCGACUCUUUCUGAACGGAAUUUUCUAUUAGACGGAUAUCCCGGUAAAACGGACAUCUAGAGUUAGUCCUUUCCUUUCUCUGAUCCCCUAAUUUGACAGUUUAUAAGACGGACAUCAGUCUUAAACAAAGAGUCAGUGCGCGCCCCAAAGUUUCCUCUUAGAAAAAGUUUACUCUUGCCUGAAGCUCCUAGUGGCGUCAAUUGUGUUUUGUUGUUGUUGUUGUUGUUUUGUUCUGGAGAAGCAGUUUUGAACCUGGUAAGGGGAAUCUUCUAUACGUGAAUGAUAAUAUGUUAUUUUAUGAGCAGCUAGGAGAAUGGACAUUUGCUCUGCAUUUUUAAAUAUGACCAGACUUAUUGUCUCGACUAGCAGCUUAUACCUCACAUUCGAUAAUUAAAUAACCUUAAAGGUCUGGAUAGGUAUAAAGCACUUAUCAGAUAAGGAGGAGAUGCCUUUUGAGUGUUUCGGCGUAUCUUCUCAUAAGGAAGUAAAUGUAUUGAGAAACUGAUUAACCACCCUUAGAAAAAAAAGUCGCCCAAAAAGAUAAAUUCAGCUCCCUUAAAUAACGUAAGCCGGCCAUCUCUUCACCCUCGUUUUGCGCUCUAACAGGUUAAUUUUAUCGUGAUGGGACUUCAUAUUUAGUUUUCCAUUUAAUAAGUUUUAGACACUUAGGAGACCUGAAAAAAGCAUAAGAGAGCUUUAGCAGUUUUGUCAUCAGUCAACUAUUUUCUCUGGUCACGCAUAAAACUUGCAUACAACAUAUGAUUUAAAAUAAAGGAUCAACAAGACCCUUUAAAUGUGAAAAACAACUGUUUUAGUCAGUUUUCUAAUUUUUAGGUCUUCCCUGCUUAUUCUUGGGAGCGUGAUGCCUGCAGUCUAAAGACUGCUUAAUCGUUGAUUAAGCGGUAUUAAGAUGCACCUCGGUCAAAAAAGCUGUAGAAUGAAAAUGUCUUGUCAAACCUGGUCUAACCGGGAAUAAUAAAAAAAUAUAUUUACUAUAUUAUUAUUAUAUUUACUAUGCAUACUAGGCGCCGUAAAAUAAUUUAUCGUUUUUAGUGACGAAAUCUCACGCUUUUAGAAGGCAAGCAGUAUUGGAAGCCGUAAUUUACUAUUUAUUUAAAAACUGGUUUUAAUUAAGAUGUCAACACUGAGUGGAAAUAAAAACCGUCAAGUGGUUAAUAAAAUGAUUUACUUGUGAGUUUUUACUUUUUUACUACAUGUGUGGCUAGAUUCUCCGAAUAUCGCGUACAUGUUGGAUUGAAAAGUCUGAAACUGGAUUUCCAAUGUAUGCAAUUAAGCUAGGUCUUAGCUGUGAGAAGAUGAUGUUUAUGUUAAUUUAAAGCCUGACAGCGUGCCGUUUAUUCACUUUACAUGCGGAAGUUGGAAUGCAGGGUUUCACUAAAGGGGGUAGCCCCCGUAGCAGGCGUUAAAAGGGAAGGAGAAGCAGGAAUUCUGGAGCCCGCGGGAAUGUUGAAAACGGGAACCUUUUCUCCUCUUUUCCCUUUUUCUCCCUCCUCGCGCGCCCCUCGCGCUCUCACGCGCCCAAUUCCCGCGUUCUCCUUCCCCUUUAAAAGCUGCCACGCAGGCUACUCUAAGGGGAUUAAGCCCUUCUAUUGUUACAGUGGUUUCUAAAAGGUUGUGGUUGUGUACAUUGGCUUGCACCUCACACAAACUGCAAGCAAAUGUGACGACAUGAAGAAAGUAUAAUAUCGAAGGUCAACCUUUGGAAACUGUUUAUGUGAAGAUUUAGGAUUGUUUACUGCUGGUGAUAAAAUAACUGCUAAGGCUAAUAGAGUUUUAGUGUUGGUUAAAAGGACUUGCAGGGACUUAAAGGACAUUGAUACUAUGAAAACACUUUAUUGUAGUCUUGUGAGACCUUUAUUAGUAUAUUCAUGGAAAACUUUUUUUUUUUUUUUUCCAUGGGAAACUUGGAAGCCUCAUACUAAAGGUAACAUUGAUAAAUUAGAGGCUGUACAGCGAAGAGCCACCAGAUGGAUUACUAGGUCUGAUGAUGAUUACGAUACUAGACUAUCUAAGUUAAAAUUGUUCUCAUUAUUUAAUAGGAGGUUCAUUAGAGAUGUUACGUAAUUGAUGGACAUUAUGAUGCAGGCAUUUCAAACAAGCUCAUAUUUUGUAAGGACAGAAACACAGGUUUUGACUUGUAAUGAGGAAAAAUGAAACACAUGACCUUGAUUAUAGCCAUUGAUUUAUUAUGUGUUCCAAAACUGGUUGAAGAUAUCAACAAGCGGAAUAAAAACUGCUGUCACUACUCCAUUGAACACGGUGAAUAAACAUUAAAAAAAGGAUUAACUUUUGUACUUCUUAUUUUGGCUUGCACCCAAUGAGAGAACUUUUGUCUUCAAUCCGGAUUUUGUGAGUGGGUUUGUUUAUUUCGCUCUCUGAUUUCGCAAGGAAAAUUUGUCGGUGAGGCUAGAUUCUAAUUUCGUGUGGGAGAAAAGUCGAAAGUGACAGGAGGACGGCAAACGACAGAUUCAAGUUGAAAAUGUCUCAAAACAGAAAAUGAGCAGAUGAAGACAGCUCAAAACAAUUCUAAUCUAUUGGAUAGAAAAUUCCAUGAAACUACUAACAAGUGUGUAAAAUUAAUGAACAGUAAACGACAAGUAAAGUGGAAUUGGUCAAGUGGUACAAAUUCGCGUUGCCCGUUUGAUAAACGUGAUGCUUACACUGGACGAAAAAACGGAUUUACUAAUGUUUGCGAAAGGUGCAAAUAUGUGGUAAAUUUGGAGCUCCAAAUUUGCAUUACAUUUGCGCUGUCGGCUAAGGUGUGGGCAAAUACAUAUAUUUGCUAGAUAGGUAUUGAUACGCAAAAGUGAAGUAAAUGUAAUGGUUUGAUACAAAUUUGAUACAUAUUUGCAGCAUGGGCAAAUCUUCAACAUUUCUACCAGUUUACUCAAAUUUACAUCCUUGGCAAAAAUGACAGUUUUCCCUUUACUUCAAAUGCAGGCAAAAAUAUUGCAAAACCCCUAAUUUGCAGUGGUAUUUGCUCUUGUUUUUCCAGGAUACCAAAAGAACACUUUUGCAUGUGGUUUACUCGUAUUUGCCUUAAGAGCAAAAACAAUAAACUUCUAGACAUUUGGCUGUAUCAUAAAUUUGCACAUUUGCAUCAUAAUUAUCCAUAUUUGCAAGGGGAGCAAAUAUAGUGAGCUGCAUAACAUUUGCUGACAGUCAAAGGUGAUGUGCAUGUGACAUUUCCUAUAUGUUUGAUCCGUUUUGUGACUAAAGUAAAUUUCCAAUCUCAACUGUAACAUUACAUUGUUACAACAAAAUUUUGUACUCGCUGUGAGACUCCGCCCAGAGGUCCAACCCCUUACAUGCAUCUUUCCUGUUAACUGUUUUAUGUGCACUGUCAUGUUAAUAUAAAGGAAUCAGAAACCAGUUAAUUUUUUUUUUUCAAUUUUACAUUCACAAAUUUCUUCUGUUAGUCUUUUUACAGAACAAAAUGACAGAUAGUCUACCCUGUCACAUACUUUAACUCAGGAAAUCCCUAUCCUUUCAUACCUGAAGCAUGAAAAAGGUGUCCCUUUCUGACAGCGCCCCUGGCAUAAACCUUUCCUGGGCUACUAAUUUAAAGCAAAUACACUAAUUCAAAUCCACUCGUUCUUAAGGUCCAGUAGUCAGAUCAUUGAUGCACUGUAUUUCCUACAGUCAGGGCCAUAGCCAGUAUGAGGCAAACCGAGGCACUUGCCUCUGUCAUUUAAGGUUUGAUCUUGGCAGUGUUUGGUUUCAACUUAGCCAUCAUAAAGACCCUGAAUAGCUAGGCGGGGAAUUCAACCAUGGAUAUUGCCUCAGUCCUUAUUUUUUUCUGUCUACGGCCCUUGAACUUGGGAUACAAGGAGGAUCUACAGGAGCUACCGGUCGAAUUGUCAAAUCCUACCUGACAAAGCCCCAACCCCCCCCCCAUAAACAAUGAACAGACCUUUAUUGGGUUACAGGAUCACAGGAGCUCUGAGUUGGCCUUAGAUCAUGAAAAGUCUAGAGCUGUAAAGAAAAAACUAAGGUGGUGAAACAAAUUAACAUGCAGCCUUUAAACUUCUGGACUGGGUUGCUCAAAGAUGGGUUAAGAUAACACAAGGUUAGGUCCAGUGGUCAGAUCAUUUACUGUAUUUUUUGUACAUCACACUAAAAAAUCAAAUUUGGUCCGAAAUAAAAAGUUUUGUGGAUUUCAAACUCAGUGUUGUGAUUACUCACUUGUACAUAAUUUCCUCAUGGCCAUUUAACCAACAAACUUAAUUCAAUUUAAAACCAACAAUUUUAGUUUAACCAGUAUUUGUUGUAGUUUUGACUGCCCACCUAGAGAUGACCACAUCUCGAUGGCCGGCUUCCUAAAAAUGACCACAUUUUGAAAACCCAACAGCCAAUACUACAACAAAAUAUGGUGAAACUGCUCACAAUUUUAUUUGAACAUUAACUCAGCUGACAAAUUUAUGAAAGGCUAAUUUUUCUUACUUUGUUGUUUGCAACCCCGAGUUUGAGUUUCACUGAUUUUAAUGUUGAUUUUGAGUUUUACUGUUCAUUAAGUACUACCUAUUCAAUCCAAAAAGUCAUAGCAUUUUUUGCUGGCUAGAAUUCACCUGAAGCCUAGUUAUUUGCUUGGGAUACAAGGAGGAUCUACAGGAGCUACCGGUCGAAUGGUCAAAUCCUACCUGAAAGGCCCCCCCACACAAUAAACAAUGCACAGAUCUUUAUUGGAUUACAGGAGCUCUGAUUUGGCAUUGGAUCAUGAAAAGUCUAGAGCUAUAAAGAAAAAAACUAAGGUAGUGAAACAAAUUAACAUGCAGCAUUUAUCCUUCUGGACUGGGUUUGCUCAAAGAUGGGUUAAGAUAACACAAGGUUGGGUCCAGUAGUCAGAUCAUUUACUGUAUUUUCUGUACAUCAUACUAAAAAAUCAAAUUUGGUCCGAAAUAAAAAGUUUUGUGGAUUUCAAACUCAGUGUUGUGAUUAUUCACUUGUACAUAAUUUCCUCAUGGCCAUUUAACCAACAAACUUAAUUAAAUUUAAAACCAACAAUUUUAGUUUAACCAGUAUUUGUUGUAGUUUUGACUGCCCACCUAGAGAUGACCACAUCUCGAUGGCCGGCUUCCUAAAAAUGACCACAUUUUGAAAACCCAACAGCCAAUACUACAACAAAAUAUGGUGAAACUGCUCACAAUUUUAUUUGAACAUUAACUCAGCUGACAAAUUUAUGAAAGGCUAAUUUUUCUUACUUUGUUGUUUGCAACCCUGAGUUUGAGUCUCACUGUUCAUUAAGUACUACCUAUUCAAUCCAAAAAAAGUCAUAGCAUUUUUGCUGGCUAAAAUUCACCUGAAUCCUGGUUAUUUGAUCUUGGGAUACGAGGAGUGGGGUUGUGGCUUCCCCAAAAAAUUCUGAUGAAGAGAGGGUCUUCAUAUACAGGAGCUACCGGUCAAAUCCCACCCAACAAAGCCCCCCCCCCCACUCCUUAAAAAAUGAACAGACCCCUACUGGGUUACAGGAGCUCUGAGUUGGCCUUGGAUCAUGAAAAGUUAUAAGCUAUAAAGAAAAAACUAAGGCGGUGAAACAAAUUAACAUGCAGCAUUUAUCCUUCCAGGCUGGGUUGUUUAAAGCUGGGUUAAGAUAACCCAAGGUUAGUACGAAAUAUGAAUUCAGAUAUGAAAGUUUUAAAAACAAAUUCAUUUGAAUUCCUUUUGUCUACAAUUUGGUGAUUUGAUACUUAAAAAAAAAGGAAAAAUUAUCUAACAAAAUGCUUUUGAUUAAAAGGAAAAAGAAACGCAGGUUAAAAUCUAACACUGGGCUAGUGCUAAUCGGUCUUUGGAACAACUGGGCCCCGGUCUUUUUUUAGGUCCAAUUCUAAAUCACAUAACCACUUCGAAGUGAGUCAAUGGUACAUAACCUGGGCAUGUGUUACAUACCCCUUCUGUCAUUUGAUAAUAGUAAAGCCUAGGGUCGCACAAUGGGCAGGGAUCUCCAAUUACUAAAACUAAAAAUUCAAAAUGACACAGUAACUGUUGUAUACAGUUACAGAGGGCCCACACUACCUCCCCUUUACAUUAAGUAAAUACACUACAACAAAUCUACUGGACAAAGGUCCAGUAGUCAGAUCAUUUACUGUAUUUUUUCUACAUCAUAAUAUUAUUAUUAAAAAGCUAACAAUAACAAGGCCACCCACAGUACCUUAAAUUUGGUAAAAAAAAAAAAAGGUUCUGUGCAUUUCAAAGUCAGGGUUGAGAUUAUUCACUUGUACACAAUUUCCUCAUGGCCAUUUAUUCAAGAAACUUCACAUCAAAACUGACAAUUUUGUUCUUACCGCUAUUUGUUCUAGUUUUCACUGACUAUACCUAGAGAUGACCACAUCUUGAUGGUAAGCCUCCUAAAAAUGACCACAUUUUGAAAGCCCAACAGCCAAUACUACAACAAAUGGUGAAAUUGCUUUGUAUUUCAUAUCAUUUGUGAAUAGAAACUCAGCACAGACAUGAAUGAAUAAUUUCUUUCCUGCUCUUUACAACCCUGAUUUUGAGUUCAAUAUGAUUUGUCUUUUUAAACUGCUCAAACAGACUGGUGAGAUUUAUAUCAGCCUUCACUCAACAACAAUAACAUCAGGUGCAUUUCUUCACUUAAACCUAAACUUCUUAGACCAACAGGGUUUACACCAUCAAUAUUAUUAUACUCUUUUACUAAAUGAGCCGAAUUUUAAUAGAUUUAUUUAGAAAAGGAAUUCACCCAGUAAGAUGACUUUUUGAUUUUCCUUUUUAAAUAGGAAUAUGAUAUUUUAUAAUUGCUGGACAAAAAAAAGGUUCCAGCUAAAAAUUUGUUUUGAGCAGUGACAGUAAAUCUCAACUUUGGAUCUGUCUGAAGGCAUUUUCUUUGCCCUUCCACAAAAUCACUCUCUACUUUCACUUUGCCAGAAACUUUUGCCAUGACUUAGUAACGCCAAGUGAAAACAUAAUAUCUGAGGCAUAUUUCUUAAGCUAUAUGUCAGUGCUAGUGAGCAGUCAUGGACUGCUGUUUUGAAGGGGCAUCCGAUAGCAAGAUAGCCUUUCCAAAAUCAAUGAGCAUUGGGUGGUACAUAUUGUUUACCUCUGUAAGAAUAAUGUUGUCACUCUUUAUAUCUCUGUGGGGAAACCUCUAUGAGUGCAAAAUUAAUGUUCUAUAGCUUCACACAAUUUCAGUACAUUAUGUUCCCGCAGAGCACUGUGAAAGGGACAUGGAUUUCCUUAGCAGGGCACCGCACAAAGAACAAGAAAAAUAAUAUUGUAAAGAUGGUAAAAAUAUAACCCAAGGAAGUACAUGUGAGGUUUCUGUUUUGUGACAUUUACCCCAAACAGAUGGGGUAUUGAUGGAUGGGAGCAUUCAGUAUAUAAGCUUCAAUUCUGUCAUCUUGUGAAGAGGAAAAAAUGAUUACUGUAAAUAAAUUGAGACCCACUGGAAUACCCCUGUAGCAUUUCUUCAUGCACAGACCACAAACAGCUUCCCCAUGCUGAACCUGUAUUUCAUUGACCUCUUUAUCUUUUGGAGAGUUCAAGUGAUGCAACUCAAUUUCAAGAACACUGGAAAUAACUCCUGUACCACUCAAGGAAGAAUCUGAAACAAAUACACAAAAAAGUCACUAAACCCACUAAAAAUAACUGUUAACUCUACCUUUAUUGAUAAUAUUGUGAAAUUAAAUGAAUUAUGUUACUUGUGUUGCCAUUAUCUUUAUGAACAUUAUAAAUACACAUGUGGCACAUUUUAGCAUUUUUGACCUUUUGACUCAGCUUACAUGUACAGCUGUAUCAUUAUAAACUAUUAUAAACAAAACAACCUUGUAUAUGAAAACAUGACAAAACAAAACAGAAAAAAAUGACAGUAACGCAUAUAAAAUAAAGGCUCCACCCUACCCCUGUCAAAAUCAAUGGUACAUGUACAGGUAUUACGCUCAAUAUGUCAAUAUAGCGCCAGAGGUAGUAUAAAUUACUCAAGCAAUUAAUCUUGAGCUACUUCUGCCAAAUACCAAUAAAUUAGCAUUUUAACAUUGCAUAACUACAUAUUUUGCUGACUUAACACCACUUAAAUUUUUCAACAAGGCUUUUUUCAGCUGGAUCACUACAAUACGCACGCGACACGCGUGCUCAUACAUGCUACAAAUGUAAAUAUGGAUGCAAAUGUAGUUUAUUCCCGGUUAUAACAUAGAUGUGGCAGUAGAAGCACGAUAUACAAAGCAAAAUACAUCGACUUUACCUUUUAAAUUUCGAAUAUCCUUGAGAAGAAAUCCAGCAACAUAGGCAAUCUCUUCUCCCGCCAAAUCGCCAAAAGACCGCGCGCCUCCGCGCGCCCGAUUUCCCAAGCAUUUGCGCCUCAGUGGUGCUGGUCAGCGACAGUCUGCAGAACCGUUCGAGAACGAGGCACAACAAUUGAAAUUCGUCGACCGUUAACACGUUCCACUGCCAUCGAUUUGCCAUCAGCUUUUACUUCGUACGUUUAACGCCAUAUUUAUCAAGAGGUUUCGAAUUUUCCUUCUUUGUGGGGUUGACUGUCGAGUAUGGAGGAAUCGGCCAGUCUUAUUUGUUCGAAUUUAUCGAACGAAUGUGUCCUCGAAGAACUUAUAAAAAUAAUCGCUCGAACUCGAGGGAACUGCAUACUUAUAGAUCCUUCGACGAAAAUCCACCAUGAAAGGCAUCUAGAUAGCUCCAUCGGCGACGAUCAAGUAGUAACGAGUGGAUCCAAGAAAGCAGCCGUUAGUACUUAGUAAAUAGACUUCGGUGAAUCGAUGCUGUUUUAAUUAGCAGACAUUGUAAAACUAAGAAGAGGCAGGAGAAAUGUUGAGGACAAACAAAUGCUGAGGGAGCAACUAAUCGGGAGUAAAAGAAAUGCUCAGUAAGUAUAAGAAAGUUCGUUGUUACUGUUAAGCCAUUAAUGAUGCUAUUUGAUAAUACCUACUGGCUACAUUUGCAUUCCAAUAUUCAGUAAUCAACAAGGACCACCCCUUCUCCUGAAACUUUAUUUGUCCUGUUGUUGUAAAAAAUACUGUAAUCUUUUGUUUGGUUGUUCUCUUCAGAUAAAUGGUCUUGGAAAAUUUAAUAAGAAUUGAAGCAAGUGUUAAUUCCCCUCUAUUAGGCCAAAAUUAACCUUAUCCUCUAGUGCCUACUUUCUCCAAAGGCUUUUCCAAAAUUUAAAAGGGGAGUAAAGGUAGUGACUGCCAUGGUGCUGAAAACAUAGUGUAGCUAGAAUUUAGAUCAUGGUACCCUGCUUUCACUGAUUGUUUUUUAUGAUCACCCCAUGUAAGGGAUUCUGGAAUCCGGGAAAUUUUUGCUUAUGGAAUCCAGAAUUCGGGCAAUUUUUGUCGCGGAAUCCUAAAUUCUGAGCUUUGAAAUCUGAAAUACAAGUCAAACGAUUGGAAUCCAGAAACCAAGCAAUCCACUGAAAAAGGUUCCGGAAUCCGCAGCGUGGAAUCCAGAAUCUAAAACUGUCUUGGAUUCCCUCAUAUGAGGCAAUUAUAGUAUAAUUAAACUUUUGUUCCCAAGAUACACUGUAAGUGAUGGCAAUAUUGCAGAAGAAGCAGGUUCAUGAAGUUUUAAGUAAUAUGUCAAUAAUGUUGUUAUGGUAGUGAUGUAGUGGGACACUCACUAUAAAAUUAAUACAAUGAUUUACCUGGAGUCAAUUGUCUUGUUACAAAAGGGUUUCUCGCAUUCAUUUUUUCGUUUUGUUUUUGCUCAAAGAAGGUCUUAGUUUUAACAGGUACAGUGUAAUCAGGAUUAUGAUGACCGCUUGGGGUUAGAUUUGAGACAUGAAAGUUACGAGCCAGCAAUUUGUUUAAACUAGUUAAUUUUGAUAUCAGUUAACUCAGGAAAUAACUAAGUUUAGUCACCUAGUGUGACUGCAGCCAGUAAUAAUACAUGUAAUAUCUAAUAGCAACCUUUUUUGCUAUAAAAGGCUAGAAUAUUUAGACAGAAAAGGACAAUAGUAUUUUUCAUGACAAGCAUCUACAGCUUUAGUUUCAAUAUUAAUGGUCUCAAUUAUGUAUAAUUUCUGUUUGUUGCAGAAAAAGCUGAAGAGACAACCCUUUUCCAGUCAACCUCUAUUUCGAAGAAGGAUUGUUGUAAGUUCAAAGCUUGUAUAAUUGUGGAGUACAUGUCUUCAGAGCAAGGCAAUACAGACCAAGGAGAUGACAAAUCCGAGAAAAGUGCUUUGCAGGAGGCCUCUAGCAUGGAGGAGUCAACAACUUAGCCUGUAAAAACCUCUUUGCCAAGCUGAACAGUAAAGCAAAAUUAAAACAGUCACAUGUAAGCUUGUCAUUACUCAAUGACAAUAGAAAGGACGAAUGGCUUCUCCUCAGAGCAGGAGGCACCAGAUAAUGCUCCUGAAUUUGCUUUGUGAUAAGGAAAUAUAAGUUAAUCCAAGGCUCUUAAAGAAAUUCCAGAUUAUUUACGACUGGUCAUACUUACAGGUACAUGUACAUGUAGCUCUGCAAAUACAGUAAUCCUUUAAUCACUCUCUGUUUAUGACACUCUUUUUUAGAAAAAGAUAAAUCUGUGUAAACAGUGCAAAUCCUGAUGGUUUUGAUUUGUCCUGAGAAUUCUGGUGGCAGGUAGAUCAAAUUGGUUGAUGUGAUAAAUUUUUCAUUAGAAUCCUUUGGCUAUUGUUUGCAAGUAAUGUACCAGUCAGCAGGUUAAAAAGGCCAAUUAAUGUACAAAUGUUUCUUUUAAAUCUGUUUGCUUAACUGCAAGCAUUUGAGUUCUGCUGGCACCACUUCACAGUACAUUUGUACCGAUUACAGCAAUUGCAACUGACCUGCUUGAACAAAAAAAACAAAACAAAUUUAGGUACACCCUGCUUUUUGUCAUGAUUUGUUACGGAAUUUUGCAAAGGAUUGCAACAUGACUCAAGAAAAAGAGUAAUGAGAGACAGCAGUGUAGUUAUUUUGCAGGGUAGCCAGAUCAACCUUUUGUACUACAUGUAUAUGUAUACUGAGUUUAAAAUAAUUAUUACCUUCUUUCACUGGGACCAACUACAGUGACAAUGGUAAUGUUGACAUGCUGUGGAAUACUUAUAGCUGGUCAUUACUUUCAUGACCCUCAAUUUUCUUAGAACGGGGCAAGUACUAGAAGCUCCGGCUGGUACUUCCUCUAAGAGCAUAUCCAAUACUAUACAGGAACCAUUAGCAACGAAAAUGAAGUUAAAGAAGUCUGAUCUGAAUUUGAAUAGCUGUAUGUACCUAAACUAUUUCUUAGUUUGCUAAAUGCUAUAACCCAGUUGUUAUACCAGCAAAAAUUGUAAAUUGGUAGCAAGAAUUAGGCCUUUCAUUCUGAUAGAGCCUAAAGAAAAAAAUGCCACCAGAAUCAAAUUUUGUUUAAUUUGUAAAUAGCAAUAAAUGCAAAAAUACUAAUUAUUUAUUAAAAUGGUGUUUUGAGGGUUCCAUUUAGUUGAAACAGGAUUUGGUCCUUAGAUACAAAAGUUUAAGUAAGAAAUAGUCUUGUCAUAAGUAAAUUAAUAAUUGGUCCAAGGGUGAAAGGAUUUUUAACCUGUUUCUGAGUUGCAAAAACCUAAAGAACUGAAACAGGUUUGAGGCAACUCUGAAACACCUACAGCUGUAUGUAGAAUAUCUUACACAUUUAGAUGAAGAACACUUUCUUAUAAUAUUAAUAGUUAGUAAUGAUCUGAUAGAGCAUAGAGUGGAGACAAGUAAACAUCAACGAACAGUAAAAUUGGGAAUUAAUAUGAAGAGCUGUAUGUACAGCUUUAUACUGUAGUUUGUAAUGUCUGUAAUAAUGUGUAAGCCACUUUGGUUUAUGGAAUAAAUCAUUUAAACAUUAAUGGAAGGUCACUGCUAGAAUUUCUUUCAGUAACUUUAAUGUUUGAUUAAUUAUGGCCACUUGUUAAGAACCUGAAGUGAGCCAUAUUAUAAUUAAAAAUAUUUUUAAAAUUUUAUCGCAUUUGCUACAACCCAAGCAAACUCGUUUAAACCUUGGAAUUUACAUUUGCUACUGGAGAAAACGUGCUCAAUUUUAUGGGUUUGAUGACAUUUGCUAACCAAAUUAAAGUCAGAAUUUGAUUACAUUUGCUACCUGAGCGAAAAAUUGUACAAUACUAACAGUUUGAUCGGAUUUGCCGCCCAAGCAACUUUGUUCAAAACUUGACUUUUGACCACAUUUGCCGCUACAAGCAAAAUUUUGUGUUUAAUCAAAUUUGCACACCCUAGAAAAUUUGUUCAAAGUUUAGGUUUGCUAACAUUUGCUUCGUGAGCAAACAUGUUUAAUACAAAGAGUUUGGUUACAUUUGCCAUGCAAAGCAAUCUGGUUCAAUUAUGAAAAUUUGAUCACCCAUGAUAACCCAAGCAAACAUUGUUCAAAUUAGAUACUUCGCUCACAUUUGCAAAGCUGCGUAAACGUUCUGAAAAUAACAGGUUUACAUGCGUUUACAUCGAAAGCAAAAGCUGUGCAAAACAGCAGAUUUGCGCUAUCAUUUGCGUAAUGUGCAAAUAUAGUUCAAAGAAACAUAUUUGCCUACACAUUUGAACCAUCUGCAAAAGACCCUCAAAUCCAUGGCUGCCCUUAUCUUUGCACCAAGAUGUAAAUGUUGUGCAAAUGUGGCAUUUACCGUCAUUGCUACGGAUAGCAAAUCUAGUGCAAUAUCAGUCUUUGCUCUUGCGCAAAAUUGUGCAAAUGUGGUAUUUGCUACACAUUUGCUGUAAUUUGGCUACCCUAGUAAAUCCAUUUUUUCGUCCAGUGUUAAACUCUCUUAAAACUUAGUGGACUUCAGGGAGAACUAAUGUCCCGGAAUAUCCUGACUCGCAAAGUUUUAACUUUGACUGAGAAGACCUUAUCGCCUAUUUUGUUUAGCUUGACUGCAGUGCUUGCAGUUUACUCAUUUGAUAUGCGGAAGUUCAAAGUAGAAUACCUCGGAAUGAAGGAUCAGGGGUUUAUUCUAAUUAAGCCUCUCUACUUUUAAAGUGCACGUGGUUUCGAAAAAGGUUGCAGUGGUGUACAUUAGCUUAACCUGACAGACUGCAAGCAAAAGUGACAUAUCCCUCUAAGAAUCACAAGCGGAAGGCUUUAAAGAAAAAGCUAAUUCAAGCUACCUCUACUUAAUGAAUGUUUUAGAUCUCCUUCUAUAACGUCCGAAAAUCAGAUGCACUUUUCUGAAAGUACUCUAUCAGCUUACCGUUUACUGACUGUUUCAAAGCCGCAGAAAGAAUACUUCCUAAAUGUUCCAUUAAAGGGAUUGCAUACGGCAAGCGGGCGCUUUCUAGACAUUAUCCACACUUGCCACGGGCCACUGCAAAAAACCCCUUAACAUUUACUUGCCUUUCGCAAAGAAGUGACAGUUUUCUAAAGAAUUAUCAUCACUGAACCGUUUAACAAUUUAAACCACGAAACAACGUGCGUAUGCAAGCAUUGAAUGAAAAAGAGCUGAGGGCAGUUUCCAGGAUCCAUGUACUGGUUUUCGUCCUUUCAGCAAACGUAAUGCAUUUGAGGGUGGGGAUAAAGCCUUCUUAAACUCAGUGCGUGGAAUACUGCACGCAAAUAAAAAGAAUAAAAUCAGCUUUCCUUUGCCAAGAGGGUCAUAUCUCAUGUUUGACCGUCUAAGCUGCCCCAACUAGGGUAAGCAACUAGCAUUUGGUAACAGACUUUAGAUUAUCAUUGCUCUUACAAAUCUCUAUAAUUACUGUUAUUUAUAGGAAUAUUUUAAAGGUGCUUUAGAAAGAGUUGCGCUCAAAAUAUUUUGAUCAACUAUUUUCAGAUAGAGCCGUCUUGCACUGCACUCUGGGACCACAGCGGCACACCUUUUACUGAGUUCCUGAAAGCGUGCCUCUAUCAAAUCCUCUAUUAAAUUUACAUGUUAUAUGAAAUCAAUAAAAAGGCAAAAGGACACUGUAAUUCGAACAGUGUGCCCAGCUCCAUAAGACAGCCAGUUUUCAUUAAUCUGAAUGUAGUGAUGAAAUACUUGGCAGAAGUCAAUGUUCAUGAGUCCUUUUUUUCUUCUUGUUAAUAUGCAAGACAUUAAAUUCGCUCCUUUGAAGCAAAACAUAUGAUUAAGCACACGCCUACUUAAAGUUACAAUACCGUUAAAAGCCAAAGAAAAUGUUGUUUUUGAAGAUGACUACCACAAAGGUUGUUGAAACGUCUGUUUAAUGUCUCAACAGUGACCCCAUUCAGGACAACACCCACCCAGACGAUCACAUUCCACCUACGUUUGAAAUGACUCCUGGGCUCAAACAUUAACUGUAAAUGAAACAAUUUCAAAUUUGGGUCAUGUUGCACUUUCAGUACCCAAUCAGCUUGUUUUUACUUGUUGAGAGGAUUUGGCAUACAUGGCUGAUUUGUCAAACAUUUGGGAACGUUUGUACCGCUAUAAAACAACCCAUCCAGAUGUCGACAGGUCAUUUACAUCUUGGUUCAGCAGCCAGAUGGACAUCAGAAAAUUUGCUCUUUUUGUCUUUCUCCUAAAACUGGGGAUUCUCCCUCUAACAGUAAAAGGUAUGCCACUCUUCUUUUCAUCGUAGGCCGUUGUAAUCUGCAUUUGUACGUUCUUAUACCUAACAAAAGGCAAAUAUUACUUUUUUUCUUUUAACAUAGUUAAAAAUUCUUACAAUUUCAUCUCCUGAAAAUUAAUUCAUCUCGGUCGGAGACUUUCUAUUUUGUUAAGUAUUCUUUAAGGAAAAUGCAUGUACUGGUAUUUAGACCUCAUAUAAAUCUAGAAGGUCUGAUAGUUUCUCUUAUAUUUUUGAAUUUCGUAGUGUUCUAUUUACAAAUGCAAGUUUGGGGAACACAACAAGCCCCUCCCUCUCGUUUAAGUGACUAACUCAGUGCUUGAGCUCGCGACUAGAGUACUAAGGUCAAAGUCACUUAUCGAUGCAUUUUUCCAUCUCAUUUAAUGUGCCAGUUUCUAUACAUCUCACGAUCUCGAGAAAAUGAUUAUAUUACAAAGUUUCCAAUGGAUUAAUUUGUUUGUUGCAACUCUGUUCUUCAAAAUAUAGUACAGUCUGUUCAGUCAGCGGGCUACCACUUGGAUUGAAGGAAAACGAAACAAAAUUGUAAACACAGACAGGUGAUCUAUUCUUGAUACGAUAUUUCAUAUCCUCGAUCAGAAGACCAACAGUUUGAAGAUUUCAGAUCUAGAUUUUGCCAGUGGGGUGAGAUCUUUGAAAUCAAAUUAAACCUGCCCUUUACACUCCACACCCACAUUCUGAUGCAAAGCGAAAGUUUUAAUCCAUUUCAAACUUUCGAAGGCCACAGUGAUAUCUGGCGGUUCAUCAACCCUCCUUUUACAAAAAACCUUAAACGAGUUUUUAUUCUUUGAUUUUCCUAUUUCCGAAUCAGUCAUUCCCGCAGUUCUACCGAUGUUCACAUUUCCUAAUUCGUGCAGCUCUGUUUUAAUCCAAUCAGAGAUAACUGUCAUUGCGGGCUACCCUUUUGGUGCAAGGAACCGAGCUUACUCGACACAUUGUGUGUGCGCGCGUAGCAAAACGGUAAUCAGUUCAUUAAUCUAGACAUUUAUAUAGAUUUGCUUUCAACAAGUGGAGUAACUGAACAUGAACGAAAAAAAAAACGAGGGUAGACAAACUCGGACUCAAAACAAGUCUAAAGAGAGUUAUUACAGUAGCUAUACUCCGAGUUUGCCCUUUGGACCGCCACGAUCUUUAUUAAAUAUGUCCAAAUCAAGAGAGAAACAUUGAAACUUGAUGAUAAAAGAAAGCGAAAACAAUAUAAAAAUUAGAUGAUAUUAAAAUUUGCAAAAAGAUAUUUACCUCCAACACGAGAAUGCGCUUGUAUCGAACUGAUAUGCCAUUCGCCAAGUUGUUUAGUACAAUUUCAGAAAACCAUGUUGAGUAAUUGAAAUUAAAAAUAUCUGUAUAUAUAGGACUAUUGUUCCUGAAUAUUCUUCACAUAACUACAAGGCAAAUAUUUUACGCCUGGCCUGGAAAUGUAAAGUGAAAAAACGCUAGGCUAUGUUUUUUAAGCUCACAUUUCGGUUCCCUACAACACCACAGGACACUUAUUGCCUCCUAGACUUACGAACCGUAGGCCAAGUUAUUUUUGCAGCGCUAUUUAGAUGAAAAGAAAGUUCAUAAUAUUCUCGCAAAAGAACAGCUUUUGCUGAUACUUCUUUCAAACUGAACUUCACUAAAUGAAGAACAAUUAAUUUCCUAUCUUCACAUUUUAAUAACACACGAAAGUUUGACUCCUCGCCUUUAAAAUAAACACAGACACACCCCUAGCCUCUCUUUGUUCAUUUUUCUUGAAGCAACACUCCGUCUCGUUCCAUACCAUACCUACACUACAUUGAGACAUUUUUUUUUUCUAUUUUACAGGCAUUUCCUAUCAGGUAGGCAAACUAAACGCAUCAGAGACACGUCAAGGAUGGAAUUGCAACAGCGGAUGCAAGGCUCCACAACAUUGUACACUGCCACGCUGCACUAACGUGGUAUUUCCACACACGUUUAGUGGAUCUGGAACCGUAAGUAAAACCUAAGAAAUUAAAAAUUACCGUAUUUCCCCCAAAAAUAGCCGCGAGCGACUAUUCGAGGGAGGCGAUUAUUUCAAAUAUUGCUCACUAGAAGUCGUUCCCCAAAUAUUUUGUUUCAUUAUCUACUAAGUAAUAAUAGAAAAAUAAUCACAUCAAAUAUACUAAGCAUGGGUUAGUUUUCCAAAUAUGGCUCCUUGCAUUGGCAGGAGCAAUCCUUUUCCUUGGUUGUUUUUCAAUGUUAAUAUCCUUUGCGUUAGAGCUUGAAUCGUCACUGAUCAGUUUUGCUGGAUGAGAUUCCACUUCAGCUUUGUUUGUUAUCCAACGUGCCAAUUUUUAACUUGGCGGGGAGAGGAUGAAAGAAAGAGAAGAUAGCAAGAGAGGUGGGGGUAGGGAGCGGUUAUUUGAGGGGGCGAUUAAUCGAGGAACGGCUAUUUUUCGAGGAAAUACAGUAGUCUAAUCUUAAGGGAUGGCGGCAACUUUCUUUUGUUAGCAGACCACAAUAAGCUUCUUAAGAAACUAAUGUUUGCAACAAAUUUUGAUUUGCCAAUUUAAAAAAAUGAGGCUUUUGUAACGUUAUGACCUCAAACAAUUUAGUGCGCAUAGGUAUGUUCAAGUGCUCCCUAAUCCCUAGGAUGCGUGUGUUUUCAGAGAAAACAAAACAAUACGAAACAAAAAAAGCCAGAGAAUUCUGACAAUAAAAAUAGGCUAGAAGACCUUUAACCCUUGGAAUGGGGUAGGGAAUGGAGGUGGGCGGGAUGUGCUCGAUUGGGAGUGGAAUUAGACUCUUUUUCUUUUCAGAUUUAGUGAGAGAAGUGCACCCACACACAAGCGUGGAAGCCGCCAGAAGCGCGCGAGAAACGAGGACAGCAGUCUCGCCCUUUCAGUCACGCGCGUCGUCAGUUGCGUUUCUCGCGUGUUUCGCUCGACGGAUUAAGAAAAAAGAGAGACUGCUCGUAGUCUAGGGUUGAAUUUUUGCCUGCAAAUUUUCAUUGAUGCUUAUCUUUACCUAACGCAUUUCAGGUUCGAGUCUUUGUGUCAUUAAGCCACCAAGAUCAGUCAUCAGAUGCAGUUCAUUCACCUUCCGCCGUGUGGGCAGAGUCCAUAAGUACAGCUGGAUUUCAGUUAUGCUCGCGUGCAACAGGCUCUACAAAUGACACUGGCAUUAUCAACUGGGUAGCAUUCCAGGACAAACCCAUGUUAACGCAUGGAAGCGUUACUUUUAGCGGAAUAUGGACAACAGAAACAAAGUGUGAGAAGGUGGCCUUUUCUCAGGUUAGACAACAAUAAUUGAUAACAAGUAUUUAAUUUUGUUAUAAAGGUGUAACACGGACAUAGCAAAGUACAUUGCUAAAAGUCUUUUUAAGCUUUCUCUCGGGCUUAGUUUCAAACUUUUCCUUCCAUCGCCUUUAGAUAAGCCAUUUUCAUGUUUUACUUUGGAGGUAGUGAUUGAAUAAUGCUUGACCGUUUUGAAUGUAUUGAUGUGUUAAAGGUAAUUUGGAAAAAAAAGUCUAUUUUUUUAAUGAUAUUAAAUUUUUAGCAUUAAACUUAACACAGUUGGCCCGAAAAGGAACAUUGUUGUUUGUAACUUUAUUUAAGUAAUGGGGCAAAUAAGAUGCAUUCACCAAUAUUUUCAACACUUCGUAGAAAGAGGUGAAAAAGGGGUAGAAUAUUGAGUUAAUGGGAAUAAGACAAGUAGAUUUAAUUAAUCUUCUCCCCUUAGCCUUUGAUAAAUCCUUAAUUUCAUUUAAGUGCCGCUAAGUACUUCAUGGACACGUUCCUGCUGAUUUAUCUUUCGAGAAGCUUGUUUAUUUUUCAAUCUAUAGUUUUUGAUAUAUUGAACAUUUUUUUGCAGAGCUUUGCUUCCAAGCCUCGUGUAUUUGCCUCUGUUAAGUACACUCGCAGUACAAAGCCAAAUGACGCUAUGUACUUAUGGUUAGAGAACGUCAACUCUGGAGGAUUUGAAGUGUGCUUAAGGGAAUUCUUGCCCUUUGAUGGAAAACACCAAGAUGCAGUUGUGGUAAGUGAAGAAAAAUGUCCGAGAAACUAUAGUAUUGAUGAAAACAAACAAACAAACAAAAAAAGUUGACUUUGCCACACUUCGGCAGCCCGGAGACCCAAUUAACCAAAACGUUUUUGACGCAAUUAAGGUCAGUGUCGUGUCUCACGUGUCUCAUGCAGUCAUUUCUUGUUAAAGGAAAUGUGGUUCGAAACCUGACGCAACUCGUCUUGUAAAGAAAAGGGUAGCAAAUUAAACAUUAUUUUCUUGUCCACAGGACUGGUUUGCAUUCACUGGAAAUGGGAGUCAACUUAAUUUCACAAUAAUUGGGGAAGAAAUCUUUCCAAACAGUGGAAAUCCAUCGGCCAAAAACAACUACGGCUUCUGUCAGGUGAAAACUUUAGUUCUAACAAGAACAUUUAGCAAGCCAAAGAACACUGAUUUUUUAGUGGUUAAGUUCACACUAAAGAAAACUUAAAAUACAGUAAACCCAAGCUUACCAGGCCAUGCUAAUCGACAUUGUAUUCAAAAUGGCAAUUCCCAGAUGAGUGCGACAUGUUUAUCUCGCGAUUUUGAUGUUGGCAUAUUUCACGAUUCUUAAAUUUCGUGACUUUGCGAGAAUUUUAUAUUUUGAAUCUCUUCAAUUUCGCGUUGUAGACAGUGGGCGAAUAUUAGAAGUGGGGACUUUACAGAAGAUGGGCAAAAAUAGAGGGAGAAGUGAGCACGUUCAGAUCCAUUUACUAACUUACAUGACUUUUUUUACCUAUUUCCAGGAAGUGCCUUUCAAUACGACCUUUUACAAAUCGCCAAUUGUGAUUCUUUCCGUAAAUCAUGAGUAUAAUCUUAAGGUCAAGGGAAGUCGUCCUCCAGAGAAUAAUAUAAUAUCAGCCUGGCUAGAGGUAGGUUUGCUUUUUCAUUCUAACCUGAGAAAACAGCCGGCCCGACAUUUCGCGCGACGCCACCACUAGUUUUCCCACAAAAUGAGGAAAACCCCGAAAACCCCGUUUCACGACGCAAUUACUGGCUUUCCCGUGAAAAGACGUCUGUGGAACGAGUGUAGAAAUUCCAUACUGAUGACGUGUACUUCCCAGAUCAAGAUAGUGCUUCUGAUUGGUCAUGCUGCAAAAUAAAUUUUCUUUAACCACUCAAAAGCACUGUAUGCCCAGAUCUGCGUAGUGACACAUCAUCAGUACGCAAUUUCAGCGCUCGUUCCUCAGACGUCUUUUCACGGAAAAGCCAGUAAUUGCGUCAUGAAACAGGGUUUUCCUCACUGGGUUAUUUUCUUGAUGGUCACUUAAGGUUAAUGAUAAUGAACAGGGACUUUUUCAGUGCUUUGCUACAUUAUUCUAUUCAAUUGUUUGCUUGAACUCUCACGACACCUUUGAGACCCAAAAGCCCAUAUCCCUUGUUCAAUCAGGGGAGAGAAGAAAUCCGUUUAUUCUAGUAAAUUUGUAAAAGGACUGUGAAAACUGUGAAAAAACCAUAAGAAAACAAUAAUUUGGAUCUGAUCCAUGAAUUUCAUGACUUAAAGGUAUCGUCGUAGAAAUCAAGAAGAUAUUAUGGAUUUUCUAGUAACUGAUGAGUGCUAUCACAUUUUGCUGUAGGAAGUUGGAUUAGAAUCUAUGAAGGUCUGCGUUAAAGACCUCAGUGGAUUAGGAUCGAGUCAUGAUCCCUUGAUUGUCAGCUACGCUGUUACUGGAGGUUGUUUAUAAUUUUCCUAUUGUAAUGAUCACUAUUUCUAGCAAGAACUAUUGUUAUUUUUAUUAUCAUUAUUACUAUUAUUUUUAUUGAUACCUUUUAGAAGUUCUUAUAUGUAGGAAUACAUUUCAUGACAUAAUUAAAGAAACACUGGAGUAAAAACACUGAUAUACCUUAUUCAUGUUACACUCUAUCUUUGCACGAACUUUAAGACUGAUCAUUGAUGGGAUAAGAGCAAUUAGAGGGCACACAAGUAAUAAAAUUGCCAAUACUAGUAAUCGAGUAAUCGCGGUCGGGUUUGUUUAUUCCCUCAAAAAAAAAAAAAAAAAAAGACGACCAUUUUUGUCACGCAAAAUGCAAAUGUAAACUUUGACAAGUUUUACGUCACAAUUCCUUGCUGUGAAGAUUUCUACUGUCGCGUACUGUAUUCAAAAUCACUUCCACUCAUAUUUUGCCAUUUUCGUUUUUAAGGUCAAAACGUCUUAAUUUUCUAUAGUGUAGAUAAAGCAAACUCGACUGCAUUCUUUUAUUUACUGAUUUUAUCUCUUGCUUGCCCCCUGAUAAACCACGUAACAUUGCUUUAAUUUAUUCCACCAGUCCGAAGCACGUGCAGAGAUGGCGGGUAUCGUUAAUAAGGUCUACUAAGGAUAAAAAAAAAAGAACAUUAGUAGAGGUACCUACAAGCAAACAUGUUACUACUACUGAACAGUAACUUAGUUUUAAUUGAAAUAUGAAAAAUAUAUUAGACAUUUAUGUUUUUUUCCAAAUGGAUAACUACUCAAUAUUAUGUUUCUUCUUUCUUGGUACAGACCUUAAUCCUUGCCUUAAUGUGCAUUGCCCACGAUUUGGAGUCUGCAGGACCUACAGUCCGCAUGACGCUCGCUGUGAGUGCGACGACCAAUGCCCCUCAUAUAAAGAUCCAGUGUGCACUGCAAACGGAACAACUUACGACAACCGAUGCUGGCGUAAGUUAAGCUAUUGCAGAGGACUUGAAAAUAAUCUGGUUUAUCACCCUGGAAGCUGUGAAGGUAUAACGAAAAAUAAUUUCAACGAUUUGUUUUGGCUGUAUUUGCCACAUAAAAUACUCUGGGAGUUAAGCUCUCGAUGGCUUAGAAUUAUAGCUGUUAACGUUGGCUCAAAAUUGAUUGGCUUCAAGCUAUGAUGUUUAUGACUUUUCGUUACUUUUAAGCUCGCUUUUAGCUCCUCACGCAGGCUAAACAACAAUAGACAGCUGUAACAAGCUACUUCGUCUCUCUGCUUUGGCAAACAAACAUAUAGCAGCCCAGACUAUAGUCGAUGUUUGAUCUGUGUAAGAUCUUUUAUUCUCUUUUGUCUUGCAAUUUAGUUUUUAUCGCGUAAAAUUAGUUUUUCACAAAUUUGCUUGCUGCAAAUAUUGUGCAAGAAAGUGCAAAAGAGGAGGAAAUCAAAGACAAAGGUAGUAAAUAUCGCAUUUACAUACCAGUUUACAUAGAGUUGCAUAAUUAAAGGCAAAUGCAGUAUUUACUAUCUUUGCCAUUGAUUUCAUCCUCUUUUGCACUUUUUUUGUACCUUAUUAGCACUGAGUGAAUUUGCUGAAAAUCAAAUAUUUCCCGCAGUGGCGCGGGCUCCCAAUAUACUGGUAUAUGUUUAUCUUUAUACAGGCAUAUGUUUAUAUUGGGCACUGAAACCAGCACGCAAUAUUAAGCAGCCACUAUACACUUCCUUGUUGAAAGGUAGCCGACAUUACAAGUUAUAGCCUAGUUUUAGUUCCAUUUCCACGCUUUUUUAUCACCACCCUUCGCCACUUAGAGUUGCACUACAACGCAUGCUAGGGAAGCUACGUAAGCGAUAAUGCUUAAAGAGCACAGUGAUGCUUCCUUAUAAAGUAAUUAAUUUAUUACAAAACAGGUUUUCCGAUUGUUCGGGGCCGUGUAGAUCUGCUACAGGUUCCAAAAUGGUCAGAUUCAAACUGUCAGACAGUCACAUUUCCUCCAUACCGGUUUUAUCCGGAUAAACAAGUUCAUGUUCUAAUAACCGUCAAUCACAUGAAGCUGAAUGACUCUGUGACAGUCCACGACGCUGUUACUUCAUGGACAGAAAGUAUCAACACAAAAAACUUCACCGUCUGUGUCAUGCAAACCGGGAGGAAAGAAGAAGGCGCGAAUCCAUUUGCCACCAUUGAUUGGGUAGCUUAUCAAGGAGCACCACCCGAAGGCUUGACGGGAACGGUUGAGUUGCAGAAAUGGUGGUCUGGUACCAACUGCGCAGAUGUAACCUUUCCUACGGUGAGAUGGGAAUGUACAUACUAAAUUAAAUAAUUGAUGCAAGUUCAAUUGAGGUCUCCAUGACGAAUGUUAGACUUUCAUUCAUGUGACAUCUUUAAUCCAUGUCUUGAAAAAAAAAAAAAAAACAACAACAACAACAACACCAAAAACAGCAAAAAGCAAAACAAAUAAAUAGUAAAUAAUUGGAAAAUUGAGUCUUGUGACCCUUAUCCUAAACAUGACAGAUUUAAUCACGACUGGUCUGGGUAACAAAAGAAGAAAAACAUCAAGAGCGAAACUGUGAAGGAGAGACCUCCUUAACAUCCAUUUCAACAAAAUGAAGCGCUAAUCUGAUACAAGGAAGCAGCUUAUAACAACAACAACAACAACAAAAAAAAACACAAAAUAUUUGAAUUAACUGAAUGUGGAAAGACAAGAAUUCACAUCUUAAGUUAAAGAACAUAUUAAAACUUUCCUUGAACUAGAAGAAUGAGACACAAAGUUAACAAAAAAUAAUCGAUCAUUACGAGGUAACUGGGGAGAUGAUUGCUAGAUCCUCUAAAAAGUUGUGACCGACUUAGCGACUUAGUUAACAAGACAACAUUAGGUAACAAGUAAGAAUGGGAACGUACUUAGUGGUUAGUUUCAAGUAAUUUUGCAGCUAUAUUAAAAAAAAAGCUGUUUUGAUUGUUGUUAUUGCUUUUUCUUCAGGGCAAGUUUGCCGAGGCGCCAAUAGUCCUUGUGACGUCAGAGCACCUGAGGACUGGUAAAGAGUAUGAUGCUGCUCUCAUUUGGAUUGAAGACGUAACAAAGGACUCAGUUAAAGUCUGUCUUCGUGAAAUGCAAAACUUUGACGGUAGACACGAAGAUAUCACUGUGGUACGUUCUUAGUCAGAUUUUAAAAAACUGGAACGCGACUGUCCACAAAAUUUGUGAGGAAUGCUCGCCUGGUUUUGUUAAAAAUAACAGCGUUAAGAGGAAAAAGCAUUGCUAAUUAAAAAUUGUCCGGUCGAUCGCGAGUGAUGAUCAGUCAAACGAAAGGCAAUGCAGAAAGAAAAACAUAAAAAGAAACGGAAAUAAUAAUAAUAAUAACAAUAAUAAUACUAAUGAAUAAUAAUAAUAAUAAUAAUAAUAAUAAGAAGAAGAAGAAGAAGAAGAAAUGAAUUGAAUAGCAUUACGGGCGGUGAAUUUUAAAUAGCACACAAAUUGGUCUUCCUUGUCCCCAUGCCUCCCUUCACGCUCUUACGUGAUUCGCCUGAUGUCUUAAACAAUGUGGAUUUGCAUCCUUUUCUUGACUCUUUGCGCUCUUUGUUAUGUCACAAAUUCAUAGAGUUCAAAAUACUUAGAUUCAAAGGGGCCUAAAAAUGCUGAGUUUAUUUAAAUUUUUUGUUGGUGUAAUACGAUUCUGUCACAAGAUGGGUGGCAUCACUUUUGUUUUUACCUCUUUUCACAGAACUGGUUUGCCUUCUCUAAACUGCACAAGCCUCUUUUCACCGAACAUGGUGUCAUAAAUUUUCCAAAUGCGAACCCACCUUUGGAUAAAAUGAACAAUGCUUAUUGCCAGGUGAGAAAAGAAUUCUUUGCAAAAGCAGUGAGUAGCAUGCUAUUCACAGCAUUUUCCCUCACAGAUAUAUCGCUUACUUACAUCAUUGUUUAUAUUUUGAAAACACUUUUAGUCAUAUACACUUUACGCAAUAGAGAUCAAAGUGACUAGAAAAGUAAAGAAGCUGGUCCACUAAACAAUACUUUAAGACAAGAGGUCAAAAACUACAGACUGAUAACGUCCCUCUUAAACAUCGACAAAGUGUUUGAGCAACUGCAAAGUAAACAGGUGACUGUGAAACUCGACCACAUCUUUUCUAGCCUAAGCAAUGCUUACAGAAAGGGACACAGCUGUGAGACCACUCUACUACGUCUGAAUGAGGACUGGAAGCUAGCAAUAGACAGAAAAGAGCUAGUAUGUAUUCUAUCGACUGAUAUGAGUAAAGCGUUUGACUCUCUCAGCCACUUGCCGACACUAACAAAGCUUGAAGCAUACGGUUUUGAGUGCUCAGCGUUGGACCUCACGCGAUCAUUCUUUAACAACCGCCAAAAUGCUCAACCCCCUGCUCUGGAACGUAUUUCAGAAUGACCUGCCCUGCUCCAUAACUACCGCUAAACUUUCGAUCUAUGCGGACGACCACCAGUUGUACACCUCAGGAACUAAUUUUACAGCUGUAGGGGAAGCCUUAGAGCAGGAAGAUCAACUUGCCGGGUCUUGGUAUCGUGAUAAUUUUCUACUCCCAAAUCCUGACAAAUUCCAGGCGAUGAUCCUUUAUAAUAGAAAUAUUGACAUUGAAGGCUAAUACACUGAUAUAAGCAUAGAUGGUAGGGUCAUUACAAACAUAGAUUACAUCAAACUACUUGGCGUCCACAUCGAUUGCAGAACGAACUUCAGUGGUCAUUUUAGCGAACUGUGUAAGAAAGAGUCAGUAAGAAAGUAGGGAUCCUAAUGCGCCUGCGCAAUCUUGAUCCCUGCGCAGCUGUAAGUCUUCUAUAAGUCUUCCAUCCUGCCUUACCUUACCUACUGCCAGCUGGUAUGGCACUUCUGUAAGGCCUCCAACAGGAGGAAAAUAGAACGUCUUCAAGAAUGUGCCUUAAGAGCGGUAUACAGAACUAAGUCUGCCUCUUACCCGACACUACUAAAAUAUCAGGACUACCCACGUUGCAAAAUGGUAGAUUGCAGGAUAUAGCAAUACUUAUGAACUCAAGAACAACCUCGCCCCUACCGACUUAGCAGAACUUUUUAAUUUAAAUGAUUCGAGGUAUUCUCUGCGAAACAAGGACUUUCAUUUACAUACCAGAUUCAAUAUUGUAACCUACGGCAAACAUUCAUUUCGUUACUUUGGACCUUUACUAUGGAAGAGACUAAACAACAAGGUCAAACAAUCACGCCUAGUCUUCAGUCUUUCAGGAACGCUAUCAGAAAUUUAGAUAUUUCUGGUAUUUUUUAUUUUUUUUUUAUUAGCUUCGCCCAAAAAAAAAACACAAGCAAACAAACAAACAAACAGAAAGAACGUUGGCAGGGACACCGCAACAGCUGUGGCCAAUUACAGUGGGUCAAGAUACUAAUAAAAAAAUCAAAGCAAGAAAUAUUAGAAAACACAGCGAUACAAGAAAAACUACAACUACAUACAACAAGUUAUUGGAGGAGACAAAGGAAGAGCACUGUUACAUUUUAAACAGAUAGACUUGAACGAACGUGGAUCUUCACAACCAUAAGAAACAGCUAACGCGGACUUAUAAUAAUUGAAAAUAACCGAUUUAAAGGAAGCUAACGUCGAUGAGCUCAAAUCUAUUUCAUCCAAUAAAACAUUUCCAAAAUUCCACUAGUUCUAAUGAGAAAGAAUUUCUGGUACGUAGUAGUUUUACAUUUGUUAAUUAUGUAUUUAUUAACAUUGCUGGUUGAGGAUUAGUGCGUCUACCGUAUUUGCGAACUUCAGGUAGGACAGAGGAGUUCACGUUCAAGACCGUGUGUCAAUUUGAAAAACAAGGUUAGAUCUAAAAGUUCAUGCCAGUAACAAAUAGGUAUUAGAUUAAGAGUUUGGAAACGAGACUUAUAACUUAUAUUAAAAGGCAGUUUUAACAUAAACUUAGUCGUUGGUCUUUGGACACGCUCAAGCUUGACAAUGAAUUCGAUGGACUGCGGGGCCCAAAUUUGGGUGGCGUACCCCAAAUCUGGGCUAACUAGGGCUACAAUUGUAGGUAUAGCGUUCGUCUUACGUCGGUUCUAAGAGUGAACCUCGCGUUCCUCUUUAAGUAUCCAAGUAGUUUAUGAGCACGCAAAGAUUGUUCGUUUAGUUGUUUGUACCAUGUCAGAUCCUUACUAAUCCAUUCGCACAGAUCUUUUUCUGCAACAUAUAAUUCAAGUGCGGUGUUGUUGAGUUUGUAUGAGGAUAAGAUCGGCCUUGUUUUCCUUGUUAUGUGCUGCGCCUUAUACUUAGCUUCGUUAAAAAGGAGACCGGAUGAUUGAGACCAAGUUGCAAGCUUACCAAGGUCUUUCUGGAGAGAAGAGGCAUCCCCCAAAGUCUUGAUCUCUCUGAAUAUUUUUGUGUCGUCAGCGAACAUCAAUACUCGACUAAUAGAACUGAUGACUUUGAAAAGGUCGUUGGCGUAUAAGAGGAAGAGGGCUGGUCCAGAGGUAACAGGAAGAUCCUCUGAAGUGGCGCCGAGUACCGUAACGCGUUGGCGUCGACCUGACAGGUAAGAGCAGAACCAGUUAAGCUGGUGCCACCGAAACCGGCCUGGAUUAGCUUAUGGACGAGGCACCUGUGACUGACUUUGUCGAAAGCUUUAGACAUAUCAAAGUAGAUGGUGUCAACCUGGCUGCCACUAUCUAAAUUAGUGAACCAAUGUGAUCAACAGCCUCAAGCAGGUUGGUGACGCACGAUCUUCCAGUACAAAAACCAUGUUGUUUAGGUAAAAUUACAUGGUACAGGUGGUCCUUGAUGCUAUUCAACACACAGCGCUUGGACACUAUUGGGAGUAGAGAGAUGGGGCGGUAAUUUUCCUCGUGGUCUUUUGCACCCUUUUUGUGGACACGCACGACGUUAGCUAAUUUCCAGUCACUCGGGAGAGACCCUAGUUGCAGUGAUUUGUUGAAGAUCUUACAUAAGGAAGGAACAAUCGCUGAGGCAGUCUGUUUGAGCAAUUUAGCAGGGAUUUGGUCCGGCCCUGUGGCUUUACCGACUUCUAGUGCUUUGAGUGCAGCUAGAAACUUGGACUCAUUGAGAGUUAGAUCGGAUAUAACAGUGUCCGAACGUAUGCACGCUGUCUUCUCCACUGCGCUGUCGAUAGUAAAUACAGAGGCAAAAAACCUGUUAAACAGGUCAGCUAUUCCCGCAGGUGUAUCAGCACUUAAUCUUGAAGGGUUUUGUGACUGGUCAGCGGGAGAGUCUGGGACGGUUACCAUGAAGACAUGGUCUGGGAUGGGAUGAGAUUUAGAGUUAAGCUUGAAAUUGACCAUAAGUGCUUGGGAUUGAAUCUAAAGCCAGUGCCAAUGGAGUCGUAAAAGCGAUCACGGCUUUCGCGAAGCAGUUUCUUGACUUGCGUCCGCAGAGAAUUAAAUUUAACCGUCAGGCCGGCGUUCGGAUGUGAUUUAAGAUUUUGGCGAACUGAGUUCUUUUUCUUGAUUAGUUUUAAAAUGUUACUAUCUAUACAAGGAACCGGGUUACGGCCUUUCAGUCUCUUCGAUGCUACGAAAGUCCUUGACAGCAGCUAAUAAUAAGUCCUUCCAGCACCGCCCGUCAUCAUCUAUAUUUUUAUGGCCCACAAUAGAAGAAAGAUUGAUUGCCGAGAGAGCUUCACGCAAACCAUCAAAAUCGCCAAUUGCGUAGUCGUAGUCGUAGACAAAUUUGCGCGGGUGUGAGGACGCAUUAACAAAAGAAUUGUACUCAAACAGGACUACACAAUGAUCCGUAAAAACACCGGCUUUACCAGGUGACAACUUUGGUGUGUUCUGGGGCACUUCUUAUCACUAGAUCAAGAAUGUUACUACCACGAGUCGGUGUGUGGUUAGUUUUCGUUAAGAAGUGGUCACGUAACGUCUCGAUAAAUGGCAGUUCGUUAGCACCUAAAGCGCUAUCCACAGAGUCCCAGAAUAAUAAUGUAAUCUUCUGAUCAAAUUUAGCACAAAAUAACUGUGACUGUUAUGACCUUUGCAGAUCCUAAUUUUAUGAUUUUAAGAUUUUUAAGAUUCAAAUAUGUAUUAUUAUGAAUUACUAUGUAUUUUAGAUUAGUGUGCCCAAUUAGAAUAUAUCAUUAUAAUUAGUAUUAUCAUAGAUUAUUAUUAUUAUUAUUAUGUAAUUUUAAAUACGUGUCCCCAAUUAACCAUAUACGUUUGACACUUAAAUAAAGUUCUUAUAUCUUAUUAUAUUGUUAUAAGACAUAUCAAAAUAUCAAAAUGGCAGCUUGUUCUGUUAAAAUGAUUAAUCGCAAAUAUUGCUUGUUCAGUUGGGACUUCAAAAAUAAACACAUUGACGGGAACUGAAGCUUGAAGUGAUUAAGGAACAGUGUUAAACGUUUUACGUUUCUCUUCCAUGGCAGUUCGUUUCAUUGACGAGAGCUUAUAACUCGACUCCAACAGUUCUUGUCUCAGCCAAUCACAGCACGACGGCAACUGGGAAUUCAGCACCAAAUCACAACGGAAUUACAACUUGGAUCGAGGUAAAGUUUUCCGUAAUUGGGGGGGAUUGUGGGGAAGUAUCAAGGGAAACAAACUUCAAACCAAAAUUCCAAGAAAGAUAUAACUGAACAGAGAAGCACGCUUGGUUGAGGCGAUGUAUUGGUCGAUAAUAGGUGUGGCGCAAAAAUGUGUCGAGUGAAGUUGAGAUUGCUUAUCGGCUUCCUUUUGACGUUAAUUAUCGAAUACGAUUAUGGUGUCGGUACAAAUAAUAAUAUCUUUAAAUUAUCAGCAGGGGCCGCGCGCGGUGGUCUCGAACUUCAGAUCUGAUUCUGCGGUUUUAAACGAUACUUUAGAGCUCUUUCCUUGGACACGAAACUUUGCUCCCAUCAUUCAUCAACAGGGAUAUUUAGCUCCGUCCUUCUGGGCCUCAUAGCUCAUUUGUGCCACUGCCUUGCCCCUUAUUAGGGUAAAAAGGAUAUUUUGGAUAAAAUUUCGAACAUUAAUUCACCAUAUAUUUUUUUAUACCUUUGUUAUUUCUGAAGAGUUCUUUAAUUACUUUCAUCAAACCACAUUGUUAAUUCACGGCGAAUCUUCGCAUCUCUACGUUACAUAAGAAGACGUAGGAGAACGUUUUAAAAAUAUUCUGGUAUUCUCUUCCCGUUAAUUCAGUUGUUUAUGACUACAAUUUUAGCUGUACUAAAUUACGUUGAGUGCUUAUUAUUUUUUUUCAGAACAUGAAUACCUCUGGAUUCAGAGCGUGUGUCAAGGAAUUAUACGGGACCAGAUAUGACCCCUUGUCCGUCAGUUAUGCCGUGCUCACAGGUCUGUAAUAUUACUGAGUUCAUUUAUGAAGUAGUUUUUAGCAAAUGAAAAAAGAAACUUUAUUUGUUACCGGAUUCAUCUGGAAAUACUUUGGAAAUGCCGUAAACUAAUAACACAAAGCAAGUUGAUGGUUUUGCAAGUCAUGGCGGAGUCAAGAGAGUGUACCUGUUGACAUAAAAAAAGAUUCUUGAAAUUCUUUCAAGUUAUAAUUUUCCUACCCCUUGAAGAAUUUCACCGUUUAAUUAAAAGUUUUCUUAAAGAAUGAAUAACGAGGAUGAAAGACCUUGCUAGAAAUUAGAAGCACCAUGCUUAAAACAAUCGUUUGAAUUUUUUGUUUCUUUAAAAUAUUACAGUCUGUACAUAAAAGUUCGAUAUAUUUUAUCUCUAUGCAAGUGGUAUAUCCCUGUCGCUAGUCUUCUAUCCAAUAAAUCCAAUAAUAUCUUAUUAGUACCUUGAAACCAUUAAGCUUUGGAAAACAUUUUCUCAUCACACUCCUAACAGUACUGCGAGUGACAUGCUGCUAAGGAUUUAUCAAUGCGGCAGUUUAUUUGAAUGAAUAUAUUUUUGACGCUUACGUUUAUCUGUAUUUCGCAGACAUCUGUGAACCUGGCUGGAACUAUUUCAACGGCUUUUGCUAUUUCACAAGUAAGACUUGUCAAAAUUGGACCACAGCACUGGAUAAAUGCCGACAAGAAAACUCAGUUCUUGUUGAUGUCCAAAAUAACGAAGAAAAUGUGUUUUUACAGCAUCUACACAAUGGAGCAAAAUCCUGGCUGGGAUUGAAUGAUAUUUUCACAGAGGGCUCCUUUACUUGGGCAGAUCGUGGUACUGGGAACUUUACAGCUUGGGCUAAAAACCAACCGAACAAUUUUCGGGAUGAAGACUGUGUGCAUACACUUGGUGUUGAAUAUAAAUAUGAAUGGAAUGACGUGAAAUGCAGUGACUGUCAUCAGUAUACUUGUAAGAAAGGUAAGAUAUGAUGUAUAAGUUUAGGAAUGCAUAAGAUAGAAGAAAGUCUACUUAACAAAACGCAUUGUGAUGUGUUAAUCGUGAUUAAUAUAUAGUUUUUUUUUCAUUUUGAACAGAUCUGAAUGAAUGCAGUAGGGACAAGUAUUACUGCCGUCAGGUCGCCAGCUGCACAAAUUAUCGUGGUUCAUUUACUUGCACUUGUGAUCAAGGCUACUUUGGAGACGGCUUUGAGUGCGCAGGUAUGAUCAGAUAUAAAAUUGCAGCACUGCAUGUUAAUGAUGAACAGGAAGUUGAUUUAUAGUAAUCUAUUCUCACUGGAGCCAUCAGCAAACAAUGCCCAUAAUCCCAAUAAUAUAUGGGAGACCCAGCCGGAGACGGUAGGAGCGGGGAGCUCCAGGUAAACAGAUAGUUCUUCAAUGCGGAGAAAUGGGUGGGGCGUGUAAAGAAGUGUACGAAACACCGAAAAGACUGAGAAGGCUAUUAAUUGCGAAGGGAAACUAGCGUUAUACAAGAAACCCACCAUGUACAAAAAAGGUAUAGGAUAGCCACGGGCUAUACGCGGCGCGCUAGUAUCACUCUCUUUUAUUGCUGAGUUCUUAUGUUUUCAAUGGCCAUCAUUCAGUAGCUUCUACUGCUUACAUGCAACGUCUAAAUUUUCGAGUGUCUUUUUAUGAUUUCCCAAACUCCCAUUCUAAACGACACGCUUUGGAGAAGAGUAGCUGAGCAGGCGGCAUGGUUACCUCCUCCUUCUUACGAGGCUAAAGUUUGCUUUUUAAUUCGGUGGCUUGGUUAAUAUUUUGCAUAUUCGGCCUUAUUAUUACCCCUAGUUUUAGACUCUUGUUCUGAGGGAAGUAAUUCGAGGGUUGAUAGUAUUGUCUUGCAAGGUAAGAAUCCGAUUCGCACUGAAAAAGAGCUUUUAAAUUCCCGGGUCCGUUCCUUCACUUUCACUAUUAACCGCCGCCCAAUUAGCUCAAUUGGAUAAGCGCCGGUCUGCCAACCGGGAGGCCACCAACUCAGGAGUCUUUAAAUUACUGAGGAGAAAUUGUUUCCUCUGAAAAGACAUCUGCAAACGGUUAAACUUUUUAGUUUUCUCAGAUAAGGGCGAUAAACCGUAGGCCCCGUCUCAUAACCGUUGCACGUACAUUAUUUUGGGACGUUAAAGAACUCACGCUCUGUUCGUAAAUAGCAGGGGACCUGUUCUUCGGUGUUGUGGUCUAUCUCCCAUGGUGGGCGGGACUGUUAUGGGCCUUCGGGUAAUAGGCGCUGCACCCUGUUGCGGUGACCCUGCCCAGAAUUAGUGAACCAAAGGAAAUAAAUUAGUGAUAACUUUGUCUCUAACUUUUGUAGGGGGUUUGAAACAGUCUACUAUUGUGGGGAAUGAUGCUAACUACUUGUAAUAUUUAAGCACCUGGCUCAAACCAGUUGCUCAGAGCAAAUAUUCACAAUGGAAGCGCUGUUGGCGUGCGUCCGUGGACGGUUGGGCUGCCAGUACUUUUCAUAGCCGUUGUGACAACAAAGGACCAACUGUAACAAUCAUAAGAGUCGGCGGGAAAUACAUAUUUGGAGGCUACACUAGCCUCUCAUGGGGUAAGAGGUUUGGUUUUUCUAAGACUGGACAUUCUAAAAUUGUCUAAGGAAGUAUUUGAAGUAGAUAAUGUUAUUACCACGAAAAGGACUAAAAAGAGUGCAUUCACGCUGUUUCAAACUUCAUCGCCCUUAUUCUUUUUCGGUCAAUUCGCCAAAUGCAGGAGAAUUAUUCUGGGUUUAAAUUCGAAAGGUUUCUACCAAAUAUUAGAACAAGAAAAUCGUUGUCUUGUGUUCACGUACCCCAUAAAACUAAAACUGGGACGUUUGACGUCGUAUUCGUGCAGCGAAUUCGCCGACAAUUAAAUUCUGUAUUGACGUAUUUUCUAUCCGGAGUUGUUUAUGUUUAAAGUGUUUUUUAGGCAAAGUAUUCCACUCAAGUGUCGUAGUAGUUUAAAAAAUCAGUGAAAAUGACUCGAAGGCGAUUGUGAAUUGAUGAAGGCUUAAAUUCCUAAGGCUUCCCUUUCCGGCUCUUAAAACUGAAAUGAAAACUUUAUGUAAAAAGUGAAAAUUAGGUAGGGAAAAAUUAUGACUUCUAAUAAAGUCUUUUCUUGAAAAAUAAACUAAGAGAGCAUUUUGAUCAAAGCUACGUAUACUGAUCUCAACCUAGAUAAUAACAUGAAAUCUUUCUACGUCUCCUGUUUUUUUAUCUCACCAAUUGUAUGACGCACACUUAAUUCUAUUUUAGCGCACAGCCAGUCUAUGCAGUCGAUGCCCAGGCACUACCACGAUUUUAAAUGUUCUUUUUUCAAACUAUUUUUUUAAAAUUCAUUUUAAAUCUUUUAAAUACAUUUUGUACCUCUUUCAUUUAGAGUCUCAUCCUAUCUUUUAUAGAGUUUUUAUUGUAAUUGUAUAUUGUAAGUAAUUUUAUCCUUAUCUUUCAUUUUAGUUCUACAUCGUAAUCAUUUUCACACGGUCCCUCAAGAAUUGAGCUUUAAGUGUUUAGAGUUUAAGUAAAAGAAAUGAUGAUUAAGAUGUUGAUGGUGAUGAUAAUGAUAAUGGAUUAUGAGUAAAAAGCUUCAAUCUGUAUAAAUCGGUGUGUUUAAAAAAGCUGCCCAAAGAUCGAGGAUACAAUUAACCAACAUUAUUAUUCACUCAAAAUAUUUCUCCGUUUCUGAUUGGCUAAAACCACACGCAUAACUCACCAUAACCAGCUACUGUUGACCAAAUUUGGGAGAAUUUUGCGAUUAAUCAACCGGUGACGUCAAAAGUGCGGGACAUUUGCAGGUUAAUGCACCUUUAACCGAGAAGACGUGGGGACGAGGUUGAGUUGUUUUUGUUGUGAAAAGAAAAAACAGUCGGCAGAACAUUUUACUAUUUUCACGACGAACUAUUGUCUAAAAAAAGCAAGAAGACAACCCGACGAAUAACAUCUCCUAUUUGGAGUGUAUUUGCAGACCUGAACAGCCCUUUAACUUCUAAACAUGCACUAUCGAGGUGAACUUAACAUCGACGAAGGUAAGCAUGUUUUAGCUUGUUUUUAAAAUAGGAAUUAUUUGGAAUGAACAUUAAAGCAAUUAAUGAAUUCGGCUUUCGCUGGAUAUAUAACAAUUAUUCACCGAAGUGGAGGAGGCUAGUUGUAAAAUAGUGAGAUAAUUGAGCACAAAAAUGAUUUUUAACUCAUUUACUGUUGCCAACGAUUACAAUUUUCACGCAAUGACAGAACGGCCGCGGUCGUCGCUUUUUCUUGCCGACAAAUAAAACUUUUUAAGGCAUUUGUUUAGCUCUUACGGGGAAAUUUAUUUAAAAGGAGUUGUGAAUUAUUUUUGUAUUUAAAAUCAUUCUGUAAAAAAUAUUAUUAAAUUUAGUUUUGAACUUACUUACGAACAAGUCAACAAGUCAGAAGUGGCAAGGAGACCUAACAGAAACUAUAGGAGCUUAUGAGAGGUUAGGCCUCCUCGAACUACGGGUUAGAGCUGUUUAACAUCAAUUAAAGAAAAUAUGGCGAAGAGUCGAAGAUGGAAAGAUUUAUGAACUGUUUUCAUAUUUACUCACUAAUUUAAUCGUCAGUUUUUUUCUUAAAAGAGGAAAGGGAAUGAGAGUUGAUGACCUCGUUGUCAAGUGAAUUAAAAAACUUAUGCCCUUGAAAAAAGGGCGAGAGCUUGUUAGUGUUUGUACGACAAUACGGUAGACGGUAGGCCUGAAUAUUUACCGAUAAAUUCAAGGCAAAAAGACAAAGAUUUACCUGUUAAAACUUCCAAACCGAACUUCGUCAUCUUCUUCGUUUGUUUCGGGAACAGCUUACUUCAUUAAUUGUCAAAUUUCUUUGUUUGUUACGCCAGCAAAACGGGAAGGCAUUUUGCACGCAACUUACGAGAGUUUGGCGUCGCUCGCUCGGAGGAACUGGAGGUGAAUCAGUGAAUAGCAUUGGAUAUUCACUGAUUGAGUAGCCAAUCAGAGCGCGCGAAAAACACUACCCACUGUUUUAGUUAUUCUAAAAGGAAUUAUGCAGAUCUCUGGGGGUGUUAUCCACCUCGGCUGAUAACACCCUCUUCGAUCUGCAUAAUUCUUCAGAAUUCUUCUCAGCCUCAUUCAUUAAUUGCUAAACAUACAGAAUGAGGGCUACUUUAGUGUUAACUAUUACAAGUGUGUAUCUCUUCUUUCACCCAUUCAAGUUUCCAUUGCACAUAUUAUUUCAUGUACUUUGUCACCAAAAAGCAAAACCGUACCCUAGCGUUUUUAAACUGUAGCUUAACUAUAGACUACGACCAAGACAGCAGGGGGUAGUUCGGAAGGUAAUUUCGAAGUACAGUGUAACCUCGGCAUAACGGAGUACCAAGAAACCGGCAGAAUUUGUUCGCUAUAUAAUGAGGUUUCGUUUUAUCGAGAUUCUUUUCCAUAUAUUUUACUAUAACUAGGGUAAAGAAAAUCGUUAGUCACAUCAAGGUAUUAAACAUAUAGAGGUUUGUUAUAUCGAGGUUCCACUCGGCUGUAGUAAACAAAAAUUAAACAAUUCAAGCCUUUAUAUCGGGGUGCCGACAGCUUAAUACUAUUGUGCAAUUCAUCGCACUUUUCAAUUUUUUUUGUUUUUAGCUUUUCAAAUAAGUACCAGUUUGAAUUCUUCCUUCCAAAAGUAAAUACUUAAGUAAGAAUAUAUUUAGUAUUUAAAACGCACUUUUCUCAAGACUGACAUCUUUGCUACUUAAAAGGGAGUUAAUUAUUACUAGUAGUAUCAGAUAUUUUCUUGUCUGUAUGAAUUCAAAUUUUUAAACAAAGUGUGUGCGUUGAUAAUCCUUUUCAUUUCUUAAUUUCCCAACAGGUUAUAGCAGUUGCCAAGGGUAUCGAUAUGAUUCGCAAGCAUUUAUUUUCUCGCUUGUUAACAAGCCAGGAUGGGCACCUGUGAAACUGCCUCAGACAGGGCAGUAUAGUUUUUACAGAUAUUCCAUUCACGACUGUUCGUCUUAUGGACCUACUUUCGGUGGAGGCAACGACAUUUACAUUUGCGACUACGCGUCAUCCAGUGGCAGUUCCUCUACUUACCCUGGCCAUACUUACAGCGCACCAAGUGGGUACAGCUAUGGAAGCACCUUCGCCUAUACAUUCCUGCACGGUCAAAGUAAUACCUAUUAUUUUACACCAGACGAGGUAGAAACAUUUUACGAAACAACCUAA